AUGGCUUCGUCUUCAUCAUCUGCCGGCUGGGAACCCUCCUCCUGGCGCUCAAAGCCCAUUAAGCAAUCUCCCAAUUACCCUGAUGCAGAGCCUCUAGCUAAAGCUGUUGAGGAACUGACCCAACUUCCUCCUCUGGUCCAUCCCAACGAGAUCAUUGCUCUCAAAGCUCACCUCCGCGAUGUCGCACAAGGAAAUGCUUUCCUUCUCCAAGGUGGUGAUUGCGCAGAGCUCUUUGACUACUGUCGUCAAGGCCCCAUUGAGAGCAAGAUUAAAUUGCUAUUGCAAAUGAGUGUUGUUCUCAUUUGGGGGACCAACAAGAGAGUUGUGCGUAUUGGUCGAAUGGCUGGACAGUAUGCAAAGCCGAGAUCUAGUCCUACUGAGAUGGUUGAUGGAAAGGAAGUCCCUAGUUUCAAGGGCGACAUCAUCAAUGGCUUCCGCCUUGAAGAUCGAGAGAUCGAUCCCAACCGCCUUGUGAAGGCCUACCACCACUCUGCUGCAACCCUCAACUACAUCCGUGCCGCUCUCGCCUCUGGCAUCGCUGAUCUUCAUCGGCCUCUCGACUGGGGUCUCGGGCAUGUGAGAGACCCGGAACUCAAGGAGAAGUACUCAGCCAUUGCUUCAAGUAUCCAGCAGACCCUGCGCUUCCUGCAGGUCAUCAAUGCUCGUCCCGGGGAGCUCGAUUCCGUCGAGCUUUUCACCAGCCACGAAGGUCUUCUCCUUGAUUAUGAGCAGUCUUUGACUCGCUUGCUUGAGAAACCUACCGCAAGAACCUCAAGCCCUACUCCUGCAGCUGACGACGGCGAGAAGAAGGAGUACUAUGAUACCUCUGCGCAUUUCAUCUGGAUUGGUGACCGUACUCGCCAGAUCGAUCAUGCCCACGUCGAGUUCUUCCGCGGGAUUGCUAACCCAAUUGGUAUCAAAGUCGGUCCCACAACACCAGCUUCAGACCUCCUUUCUCUCCUACGCACGCUGAACCCUUCUCGCGAGCCUGGCAAGAUCACCCUCAUCACUCGUUACGGUGCUGCCAAGGUGCGCGAUCUCCUCCCCACACAUAUUCGCGCGGUUGAGGACUCCGAGUACCGUCGCACGGUUGUCUGGCAAUGCGACCCUAUGCACGGCAACACACUAUCCACACCCACAGGCAUCAAGACACGCCGUUUCGGCGAUAUCUACCGUGAGCUUGAGGAGACACUACGCAUUCACAAAGAGGAGGGUAGCAACCUUGGUGGUAUGCACCUCGAGCUCACUGGCGAUGCUGUUACAGAGUGUUUGGGUGGCAGUGAGGGAUUGGAUGAGGAUGAUUUGUCGACAAACUACACUAGUUUCUGUGACCCAAGACUCAACGAGAAGCAGGCCCUCGAGUUGGCUUUCCUGGUCGCUGAUCAUUUCUCUAGAGAGAAUAAGGCACGAUCGGCCUGA